AUGGUGUCCGUCCACCACGUUCCACCAGAGCAGGACACAAUCACCAGCAGCAUUGGACCCAGGCUGUUUCUGUGUUUUCCCAGUGUUAGCAGCAGUGUGACACACUGGCUUGUAAAUGACUACCAGGUAAUAACAUCAUCUGUCAAAGUGUUGCGAUUCUUUCGGAGCCUGACCCGUAAGAAGCCACUCGAGCCAGAGGGGGAGGCGUCCAACUUCUGCCGAUGCCUGACCACCUUGGACCUGGUGGGUCUUGGUGUUGGCAGCACACUAGGAGCUGGUGUCUAUGUGCUGUCAGGAGAAGUGGCCCGGGAAGUGGCCGGCCCCAGCAUUAUCAUCUCUUUCCUGGUUGCAGCGGUGGCUUCGGUCUUUGCAGGGUUGUGUUACGCUGAGUUUGGAGCCCGUGUUCCUAAGACGGGUUCAGCCUACCUCUACAGCUAUGUGACUGUAGGAGAGGUGUGGGCGUUUGUGACCGGCUGGAACUUGCUGCUGUCCUAUGUCAUUGGAACAUCAAGUGUAGCAAAAGCCUGGACAGGGACCUUUGAUGACCUGAUAGACAAUGUUAUUGCGGAAACUCUGGGAAAACACACACCUAUGGACUCCCCUGGCUUGGCUCCAUACCCAGAUUUUUUUGCUGCUGGGCUGAUAAUGUUGCUCGCUGGUGUACUUGCAUACGGUGUGAAAGAGUCUGCGGUCCUGAAUACUGUUUUUACUGCAGUAAAUAUUCUAGUCUUGCUUUUUAUCAUCAUCUCUGGCUUCAUUAAAGGAGACAUUGACAACUGGCACAUCAGUGAGGAGACCAUCCUGAAUGCAACUCGACAAAUGGAAAACCUCACAUUGGCACAAAAUGAAACCAUUGACUUGGGUGUUGGUGGCCUCUUCCCCUUUGGCUUUGAUGGCACUUUGGCAGGAGCUGCAACCUGUUUCUACGCUUUUGUUGGAUUUGACUGCAUCGCAACAACGGGGGAGGAGGUGCAGAACCCUCAGAAAGCUAUACCUCUUGGGAUUGUCGUGUCCCUGCUCAUCUGCUUCUUGGCCUACUUUGGUGUGUCGGCUGCUCUGACACUUCUGAUGCCAUAUUAUCUGCUUGACACCCACAGUCCUCUACCUGUAGCAUUUGAAUACAUUGGUUGGGAGCCUGCAAAGUAUGCUGUGGCUGUGGGAUCCCUUUGUGCUCUCUCAACAAGUCUUCUUGGAGUGAUGUUUCCAAUGCCAAGAGUCCUCUUUGCCAUGGCUAGAGACGGCCUGCUCUUUAAGCCCCUUAGCUACAUGAGCUCCAGGCAAAGUCCAGUUUUCGCCACAUUGUCUUCAGGAGCUGUGGCUGCUUUCAUGGUGCUGUUGUUUGACUUAAAGGCACUGGUAGACAUGAGUUCAAUCGGGACCAUCUUUGCCUACACUCUUGUUGCAGUGUGUGUUCUCGUAUUAAGAUACAAAGAAGACAGUGGUUUUGUCCAUAGUGCAGAGGCAUUUACAGUAAUGGGGCUGUUGAGGCCUCCCUCAAGGCCAACGCGGCGCACUUCUAAAAAUGUCAACAUGGCCACCAUCAUUAUUUUGUUCCUGGUGAUCGCUUUAAGCUUGGUGUUGUCCGAGGCUUUGGAUUCCCUCCGGAAGCGAGAGUGGUGGAGUGUGCUGCCCGUCUUUGUCCUCUCGCUGACACUGGUCCUCACUGUUGUUAUCAUCUGGAGACAGCCACAGAGCACAACUAAAGCUGCUUUCAUGGUUCCAUGUCUACCUGUACUCCCUGUUUUAAGUGUCUUCAUAAAUACCUAUCUGAUGGUUCAACUAGGAGGAGAAACUUGGAUCAGCUAUGCUGUUUGGAUGGCAGUGGGCCUGAUCAUCUACUUCAGCUAUGGGGUUCGUCACAGUGUCCAAAAGCAAAGGCUAAGGGAGUCUCGCGCCCAGCUAAAUAUUGCCGAUGUAAACCGUAACGUUGUGGAUCCUGCGGCAUGA